GGAGGGAGAGAAGAAGAAAGGCUGGCAGACACCAUCACCCCCCUCACAGACUGACCGACCGCCCACACUUUAGGGGGGAGAAAGUGUUGCUUUGUGAAUGAAGGGAGCGGCGAAGCUCGCAGCACAAACUUUCACUUUCUUAUUCAUCAUUCCGGACCUACCUGCCUUUCAAACUCGGCGUCUUUCGACGGUGCAGCGCGCCGCAACGGAAGCAAAGUGGCCCUACUGUUGAGACAUUUGGGGAAAAAGUGCAUCAUGCCGUUCUACGUUCUCUGUCUGUGUCUGUUCAUGGUGGGUGUACGUGGGGAGCCCUGCCUCAUCAUCAGUGAGAUCAACGCAGACAACCCAAAACUGGACACGACUGAGUUUGUAGAGCUCUACCACACCAGUGGACAGCGAGCAUCACUGGAUGGCUACACGCUUGUGUUCUAUAAUGGGAAUGGAAAUGUGGCCUAUAAGGUGUUGGACCUCAAAGGGCACAGCACAGAUGACAGAGGCUUCUUCCUGGUGGGUUCAGUGGACAUGUUGCCCAAACCUGCCAUCCUCUUGCCUCCAAACACAGUUCAAAACGGACCAGACGCCAUUGUUCUGUAUCACACAUCUGCUGCCCGCUACAAUGAAAAGAUGAACGUCACAGCAGUCGGGCUGGUGGACGCUGUUGUGUACAUGAAUCGCCGCUUGGAGGGUGGAGAGGUGCUGGCCGAGGUCCUGACGCCGGGGGAGCAGGCUUUUGUCGAGGAUGAUACCACACUUGAAGGGGAUGAGUCAAUUGAGAGGUGUUUGCUUUCUGAGGACCGCUGGGGCUUUCAAGUGUCAGCGCCAUCCCCUGGCAAGAGGAACAACUGCACUCCUCCCACCGCUUCAACAUCCGUCCCUGUCAUCACCGAGCUGAAGCUGGGUGGGGGUCAGGUGGACGGGUUCGUUGAGUUCACUGAAGCCCCUGGGGCAGGUCCAAUGGUGCUCGUCGUGUUGGACGGGAAAACGGAUAGGGUCAGUGUUAGUUUGGACAUCAUUGUGGACAUAGCGUGGAGCGGACUAAUUCCAGUUACUGUCGAAAGGCAUUACAUGAAAGGAGACGAGUCGGGUGCUGUUGCCAUCUACAGCGGCACGGCGGCAGAGUUCCCCGUGGGCAGUCCUCUGAGCCAGGUCCAGCCCCUGGACGCCUUUGUGUUUGCUGGACCUGGGAAAAGGCCGAGCGCCAACCUCACAGAGACGCUCAUCCCCGGGAGACAACCGUAUCAGCUCAGCAACAGUCUGCGAGAGGGAGGCUACUACCUGAGUCGCUGCGGCGUGGCCACAUGGACCAGAGACCCGGGUGUGUUCUGGGAGGCUCCACAAACUCCUGGUCAGCCAAACCAGUGUCCUUGGCCGAAAAUCUGCCCCCAUGGCAUUUUUAUUCCAGGGGGGACAGAUGCGCCCCCACACCUCCCCCCUUGGGGAACCAGCGACUUCCUCAUCAACGAGCUGAACACCGACUCUCCCGGGGCAGCAGAGGACGCAGAGUAUAUUGAGCUCUGGCACCCGUCCGGCCGGCGCGUCUCCCUGCAGGGCAUCUGGAUUCUUCUGUUCAGCGCCCACAACAACAAACCCUACAGAGAGAUCAGUCUCAGCGGGCACUUCACCACCUCCAGAGGCUACUUCCUGCUGGGGAGUGACCGUUUGGUACCAGCACCAUCUCUUCGCCUUCCUCCAAACACCAUCCAGAACGGGCCUGAUGCUGUGGCUCUCUAUAGGAGUCCUUUUGGACCACCCUCAGUUACACAGAGAGGCAUUCCCACCAAAGGACUCCUGGAUGCAGUGGUCUACAGGCAGAGAGGCUCUGAUAAGGAGACUCUGGAGCUGAGUAGAGCGUUGACUCCAGGUCAACUCCCCCUGCUAGAGGAUUCUGGCGUCCUCCCUGGCGAUGAGGCUCUUAGCCGCUGCAGAGGCUUAUACCCACAUGACCUGUCUGCUUUUUCUGUGGCUCCACCCACACCUUUACGAGAGAACAGCUGUCCUCGUCCUCCACCAGCUCCAGAAGGUGUGGUCAUCAGUGAAGUGUCCAGCAGGCACUGGACCAAUCACAGUCAACAGAGGGCCUUUGUGGAGCUCCACGGUUCCCCACUGACUGAUCUGCGUGGCCUGGUGCUCACGCUGUUCGAUCAAGAACGAAGUGGAACCACACUGUCCAUUCCUCUGACCGGGUUCAUUGGCAGGGAUGGAUUUUACGUGGUGGGAAAUGUGACAGAAGCUGAUCAGACAUUCCCAGAUGGCUCCACGGUUCCUGUGCGCGGUGCUGCAGUCCUGUGCUAUGACUUGUACAGUGUCUGCAGAGCUGGAAAUGCUUUGACCAACUCCAGUCUCAGAGAUGUUUUGGUGUUCAGUGAAAACCAGCGGUUGCUCUCCUCCUUGUCCACCACUAGAGGGAGACAAGUGAUUCCUGCUCUUCGGUCUGUAGCUGGUGGCCCAGUCUCACUCAGCCGCUGCGCAUGCUGUGAAGUCCGAAGCCCCUCCUCCUGGACCAGCUCCUCGCCGACUCCCCGAAGUAACAAUAUUUGUCCGAGCACCAACUUCUCGAGUCAGAUUGAGCUCUGCCUACCACCACCCAGCGAUAGGUGGGAAGAUUGCAGUUCUCUUGCUAAGGGGAGGAAAGUCGAGGAGGCGGUGGACUAUCUGGAGCAGAGGUGUCGCUGUGGGAUUUCCACCUUAUAUCUACAAGCUGCAAACGUUUCUUGUCUGUCGGGUUGGCUGAAAGUUCAAGGAUCGAUCCAUGCUCUGUCAGCCCACCAGAGGACCCUCAUCUCACGGACAUCGCUAGAGAACACUUCAGCUGCUCAGAGAGAAGCAUGUUCUUCUCCAACUACCGACCGCUUCACAGGCCAUGCCUCAACCCUGGGCUGGCAGAUUGGUCUGGUCGUAGCUCUUCUGCUCGUGGGAUUAGUUGCUGCCCUGUUUGCCUAUUUCUACAGGAGGAGGCGUCCGCUGGACUAUUUCACCAUGGAGCUGAACGAGCAUGCUGAAGGUCUCUCGGAUCUAUAAUGACACGUUUCUCAGAGAGGACUUCUGAGCAAAGCAAAACAAAAAACUGGUCAGUGAAAAGACUCUUCCACUCACCACCACCUGAAAGCAUUUAAGUGAUCUUCAAAGACUGAUGUUCAUCGGAACUGCUUGUCUGUUACUGUUGCUUCCAGUGGGCAACAUGGCAACGGCAACUUGAUUUAAAAAAAGAAUGAAAAACUAAAGAAAAAAAGGAAUAACUGCUGAAUGUGAACAGUGCUCUGUGCUACUCUUGAGGAAAAGACUGCUACUUGUGUGGGGGAAAAAAACCUUUGUGUUUCAGUUGUAUUUUUCUAGAGGAUGAUGACGAUGAAGAUCACGCCACUGCAUUCUUACUGUAAUGUCCUGUUUCCCUCAGCAACAUAUAUUUUAGAUGCAUUUCCUCUUUGCUCUUAAUUAGAAGAUUUUUUGAUGUUGCUAUGAGCACAGAAGGUACUUCUUGCUGCUCGGGUUCUCGGUCUGUGUAAAGCAGCUGUUGAUGGUCACUGACAGUGUUUACCGUCCACCGUGUUGCCUCGUGUUCUGGGUCCAUGUUGUGAUCUUCUGUAAGCUUAUGUAGAAUUUGACGACAGCAUAGCUCAGCUGUCCUUCAUUUCAGUUUUAGCAAACCUAACGUUUCGAUGACAACCCAUUGAUAAAGUAUAGACACAUGGAAGUCAUGCUGUUGCUCCGUCUCUAAUUGGUAACCGUUGACUGUAAGUCAAUAGUUGCUGGAAAAAGUUCUAACAUUUGUGAAAUACUUAUUCAAAUGAGCUGUGUCUUUUCCAUCUAACAGAAACACUGCAGCUCUGAAAGCUCAACAAAAAGACUGCUUUAAGGUUUUUCAACACUCAGCGACAAUCAACGAAAGAUUAUAUUGUAAAAACUACGUUCAAAAACUACAUCAUUUUCCCUCUCGUGCUCAAAUCUGUUGGUCACUUCAUCACUCCGUCUGGAGUCUGUAUGGCUAGUUUUAGCGAACACGUUUUUGCUCAGAGCCUAUUGACAGUUCAGUUGGAGGACAAGAUGGAUUUAAAACUCCCCUGAUCUUUGAGUUAAGGACAGCUUGACAUGAACAUUUCUAAUCGCUGUUGCUUUUGUUCACUGCCAAGAAACGGUCAAUCAAUCUCUAAAGUAGUGACCAUCACCGAGUUCUUCAUAUGGACUGAAAACCACCAGCAAUUCUGAAGUGGGCACCAUCAACUCUUCUUCACUCAGAUGCGGCUCUUUAUUUUAGCUCUAACAAUCUGCUGAUCUUUCUAAUAGACACUUUAGUUCAGUGAAUAAAUGCAUAUUCAUGAUGAUAAAUGAGUCGUCUUUUACUUCAACCAUACUUAAAAUGUAUACAUGCAUAAUUUUUGUGCGAAGAAUAAAGGCAAUCUUUCCGUCUAUUCCCAAGCUUCUCCAUUAGGGGUCUGUGCUUCAGCUCACCUGUCAAACUGAUGAAACCCAUUGAACUUCACAAGUUCAAAAGUCUUGAGUGACAUUUUUAUGACGAGUUUUCCGUGAGAGGUGUUUGUUAAAGUCUUCCAGAACAUUUCCGAGAGCGAAAGUUUUGAUUUCUGUCAGAGGCCCAAACAAACCUUCUGAUCUGCAGGCUGUCACACAUUAACAAAGAGAAGAUUUAUUUGUGUUUCUGCUGACUGCAUCUUUGUUCAAAAAUGCCACAGAUUAAUCCGAUUACUUUCAAUUGGAGUUUCACUCUCUAUAGCUAGUAACUUGCAUAAAAUGUUCAAAGUAUAUUGUUGUGUAUUAGUCAGUAGUUGUUUUUAACUCGGGACCAACAUGAUUUCACAAAAGUGCUAUUGACUGAUAUGUAAGGUGUGAGAGUAUUUUUGCUGUGUGACAGAAGUUCAGGGUGCGUGAGCCUGUGGGGAGUCCUCAUGAAGGCGAGAGAAGAAUAACUCCUGAAGAUGCUUUUUAUCGUGACAGUGGAGUGUCAGAAGGCAACACAAGAAAAUGAAAGAUAGAUUGAUGUGUCAGAUGUGUAUUUGAAUAAAUUCUCUGUCAAAUAUGUAAUAUUCAUGUCUGCAAUUCCAGUGUUAUUCAAAAUGCCUUGUAUAAAUAAAGAUG